AAAGCCAUCCGUCUCCUGAUUGGUCCGUCAACCGCUUCCGUGUUGUCAUUCAGCAGAGGUCCCUCCUCGCGCACAUCUGUAGCUGAGUCUCUCGCGGCAGGCUGCUCAGGACGAGGCGACGUGAGAAGAGAGCGAUGAAGUGAACUCGGACUUUUCCACCGAUUUAAAAAAAAAAAAGAAACAACAACAAUUUUCCCUUCACUGAGACACAACACGGAGCUUUUUGUACGUGUGUCAGGCUGAACUCAAAGAGGUCGGAGACAUUUUCGUCGACUUUUUAAAGACUUUUGCUCGCUGGAGGGAAGUUUAAAUCCCAGUGCUGGCCGGAGGGUGAAAGGUGAGCCCGGAGCCACUUCAGCUUUCCACACUGUCCUGUUUGGUUAUUUUUAAAUUUCAUCUCGUGAGAUUUUUAUCUGCUUUGUGGUAUUUCGCCGCCGUCCUUGCACUGAGCUCCACUCGGCAGCAUGUCAGACAAGUGCGCGUAACCAGUUCAUCCAGCUCGACGGCUGCUUCACCGACUUCCAGGUAAACCGCCGACCAGGUUUACGUCUAAAGUUUCCCCGCAGCAGCAGCAGCCAGUUGGACAAUAAUGGCUGGUUUGAGCAAUGUCCACAUGAAAACCCUGGAGGACCUGACGCUGGACUCCGGCUACGGGGCGGGGGACUCCUGCAAAUCCCUCAGCCUGUCCUCCUCCAAGUCCAACUCGCAGGCCUUCAUGACGGCCCCUCACCGGGGGAACUGGUGGUACUACUCCGGCUCCAUGAACAGCAGGAACAACAGCUGGGACACCGUCAACACUGUCCUGCCCGAAGACCCGGAGGACAUCUUCUCCAAGUGCCCCCGCUUACCUGAGCUGGAAGAGUUCCCCUGGACGGAGGAGGAGGUGGCCCGGAUCCUGCGCAAAGUGGCCGAGAGUGGGAGCAUGAAAUGGGGGCCCACACCUGUGUUCUCCCCGGAGGCUGUGAGGCGGCUGUCCGCUCUCCUCCGCAGGGCUCUGAUCCGCAUCUCCAGAGAGGCUCAGCGGCUCAGUGUCAUGCACUGCCGCUGCACACGCUUCGAGGUGCAGAGCGCCAUGAGGCUGGUGCUCAGCUGGGCUCUGGCCGACUACUGCGUCUCCGCCACGGUCAAGGCUAUCUCCAUGUACAGCAUGAGCGCGGGUGAGCUGCUGAGGAAGGGCAAGUCCGCCCGCUGCGGCCUCUCCUUCUCCGUGGGGCGCUUCUUCCGCUGGAUGGUGGACACCCGCAUCUCCGUGCGCAUCCACGAGUACGCAGCAAUAUGCAUGACCGCGUGCAUGGAAGCUCUGGUGGAGGAGAUAGGAGCCCGGGUGCUGAUGGCCGAGAGGGGUCAUUCGGGGCCGGAUUCGGGGUCAGGGUGCGCCCCGGUGAGUGCAGAGGCCCUGGAGGGGGUGGUGAACAAUGACGCGGAGCUGUGGGGAGUCCUGCAGCACUAUGAGCACCUGAUCUGCGGGAAGAACGCCAAUGGUGUUCUGUCUCUCCCGGCCCAUUUCAGUCCCUACACAGAGAACCAGCAGACGUCUGUGGACAGCAGGGAGGAUGCUUAUGCCCAGCUGGAGCUGAGGACGCUGGAACAGUCCCUGCUGGCUACCUGUGUGGGCAGCAUCUCCGAACUCAGUGACUUGGUUUCCCGUGCCAUGCACCACAUGCAGCGUCUGAGUUCAGUGCGUCCAGGCUUGAGCCCUGCCCGCCAUGCCCGUCCCCAGCAGCCCGUGUCCUGGUCGCCUGAUGCCCUCCACACCCUUUACUACUUCCUGCGCUGCCCGCAAAUGGAGUCCAUGGAGAAUCCCAACUUAGAUCCCCCACGCAUGGCGCUCAGCAAAGAGAGGCCAUUUUUGCUGCUUCCACCUCUGAUGGAGUGGAUGAGAGUGGCCAUCGUCCACGCUGAGCAUCGCAAGAGUCUACUGGUGGACAGCGAUGAUGUCAGACAGACCGCCAGGCUUCUCCUCCCAGGAUUGGACUGUGAGCCAAGACAGCUGAAACCCGAGUGUUGCUUUAGCUCCUUCAAGCGUCUGGACUCCAGAGCUGCCACAGAUAAGUUCCACCUAGACUUGGGAUUUCGGAUGCUCAACUGUGGUCGCACAGAUCUCAUCGGUCAAGCCAUUGAUCUGCUGGGGCCAGACGGGGUCAACAGCAUGGACGACCAGGGUAUGACCCCUCUGAUGUACGCCUGCGCAGCUGGAGAUGAGGCUCUCGUCCAGAUGUUGAUCGACGCCGGGGCCAACCUUGACGUAGCGGUUCCACCGUGCUCCCCAAAGCACCCCUCGGUGCAUCCCGACAGUCGACACUGGGCGGCCCUCACCUUCGCGGUGUUGCACGGACACAUCUCCGUAGUGCAGCUUCUGUUGGAUGCCGGGGCCAACGUGGAGGGGGCAGCAGUCCGCAAUGGACAGGAGAAUACAGCAGAUACCCCGCUGCAGCUGGCUUCAGCAGCAGGCAACUACGAGAUGGUGAGUUUGCUCCUGGCACGAGGCGCCGACCCCUUAUCGAAGACUCACGACGGAAACGCCCUCACGUCAUCCCUCUAUGAAGACAUGAACUGCUUCAGUCACGCUGCUGCACACGGACACAGGAACGUGCUGAGAAAGCUACUGACUCAGCCCCAGCAAAUCAAAGAGGAUGUCCUGUCUCUGGAGGAGAUCUUAGCUGAGGGGGUGGAAGAUGAGGUGGCUGGGAUCUGCCCUUUCCUCCCCCUGCCGACCACUCCUAACGGCCCCGCGGCCCUCCCGGAGGUGGGCAUACCGAGACUCUGCAAAGCCAGGAUGAAGGCUCUGCAGGAGGCCAGCUACUACAGCGCCGAGCACGGCUACCUGGACGUCACCAUGGAGCUACGUGCCAUGGGUGUGCCGUGGAAGCUACACGUGUGGCUGGAAUCUCUUCGUUGCGCCCAGCAGCAGUCCAGGGCAGGGGUCACCCUUUCCCUCCUCAGAGAGUUCACCACAAUCCGAGAAGAGGACUACUGCGAGGAGCUGGUCACCACGGGCCUCCCACUUAUGUUCAGUAUCCUGCGUACCACCAAGAAUGAUGCCAUUAUCCAGCAGUUGGCAGCUAUUUUUAGUCACUGUUUCGGCCCUGCACCGCUUCCUGCCGUUCCUGAGAUGAAGGCAACUCUUUCAGCACAGUUGGAUCCUCACUUUCUGAACAACCAGGAGAUGUCAGAUGUGACGUUUGUGGUGGAGGGGAAACCGUUCUACGGACACAAAGUUCUGCUGAUCACUGCUUCUGACAGAUUCAAGUGUCUGCUGGCCUCCUCUGGAACAGACGGAAGCCCCAACAAGGAGAUCGAGAUCAGCGAUGUCAAGUACAACAUCUUCCAGAUGAUGAUGUCAUACCUGUACUGCGGAGGAACAGAGUCGCUGAGAACCAAUGUGCCUGACUUGUUGGAGUUGUUGUCAGCGGCUUGUCUGUUCCAGCUGGGGGCGCUACAAAGACACUGUGAACUCAUCUGCUCUCAGCACAUCAACCUGGACAACGCAGUCGGCAUCUACAAGACAGCCAAGGCGCACAGUUCAGUGGAGCUGGGCUCCUUCUGUGAAAGCUACUUCUUGCAGCAGAUGCCGGCCCUGCUGGAGAGAGAGGGCUUCAGGAGCCUGCUGCUGGGACCCCCCGGAGUCCGACAAGGGAACAGCUCCAUCUCUACGCUGGCUCACAGUCGGGGCGACUCACCUCUGGAGGAGCUGGAGGCGACCCUGGCUCAGCGGAUACGCUCGCUCUACGUCACCUCCAGAGUCUGAGGACGACGCCGCAGACGCUGCGGAGAGAAGACGAGAAUGAACGGAAGAAUGUUGGAGCGACACGGGAUCAGAUGUUUAGGAGGAGUCCACAUGCAGGCGUUUCCCUUGUAAAUCUGAUUCUGUCUUUCUGUUAAGGAGCAACUUCCAAAAGACACUUGAGCAGUUUACUCUCAAGUAAUUCAGUGUUUCAUAUUUUUUGUUGCCAAGCACUCCAUCCUGACAGUUAUCCUGAUGUACAGCAUGUUUAUGAAGAAAGAAAACGGGACGAUGUUCUUUCUCCAGAAGCUCAGGAAGCUCAAACGGAGAAGCAACAGAUGGAUGCAACAAGUGGCAACUCUGAAAAAUGGAACAACACUGCCCUCUGAUGGACAAAACUGGUAAAAAUAAGUAAUUGCCUUGGAGGUUUGGGAUCAGUGGCGGCCUCCUGGUUCUGACUGAAGUAAGGUUACAGACUGAAGCAUCUAUUCAAGAAUCAAGUGAGCUGGACUUUUAAUAAUGCAGAGUGGGAGGAAGGAGUCAGCCUCAGUGCCUCCUACAGUGAUGUAAGCUUUGGAUUAACAAGUGUACUUUUUUUUUUUUUAUGUAACUGUGUUUUUUUUUUUUUUAAAGUAUGACCGGAGAAACAAAACACUUACUGAAGAGUGGGAUGGACAUUUUCUAUUUAAUGAGGAAACAAACAAAAAAAAAAGAUGUGAGAGUAUUUAAUGGGGGUGUUCCCUUUUUAUUUAGUUUUUUUUUUAAUCCAAGCAAAUUAUUAAUAUUAUUGUUUUUAAAAAAGAAAAGGCUUUGGUUGUUUUUCCAGGUACACUCUAACAGUUAACUAAGCUCAUGUAUGCUGAGGUUUAAUGCUUCUACACUGCGGCACAUCCGCAACAACAAAAAGUCUGUUUUAAUGCUGAAUAUUGUAAUAAACCUGGUAAACGAA